CCUAGAAAACAUUUAUCGACGUGUACCAUAUCUCCGGUAUGUAGAUAUAUAUGAAAAGACAGGAAGAUAGUAAGAAUAGGGGAGGAAACGAAGUUGGCAAAUUUCCCUGCACGGUCAUCACGACUAGACCCCAGCCCAAAAGCCCCUAGCGAGCCUCGCCCAAAAUUCCCAUCUCCAAAGCUAAGCUUCCUCAUGCACAUGUAAAUAAAUCGCAGCAAAACAUCUCCAUCCUUUCUCACCAUACCACAUAGCACACCACCAAAAUGGCACAACCACUACCCCGAUUCUCGCGUCGAUUUCUGCACCAAUCUUCGUCCUUCCAGUCGCUCCCACGCACACGCAGUUUCCGUCCUCAGUUCCAUGCGAAUGCUAAAUCUGUUAGAGGUUACUCAACAGGAGGUCCUAGUAAAAGUCCUUUGAAGAUCUGGCCUUUUGUUGCGAUUACAUUGGUGGGAAGUGGUGCUUAUGCGUUGAUGGUUAGGAGUAGAGCUGGCACGGACAUGGCCCCUCCAACCCCCCAACUCCCCUCUCCCCCGAAACCAACCCCAACCUUCUCUCCCGACAAAGUAACCAUCCUCUUCGUUCUCGGCGGUCCAGGAGCCGGAAAGGGUACUCAAUGCGCCAACCUCGUCCGAGACUACAACUUUACCCAUCUCUCCGCCGGAGAUCUAUUACGGGCCGAGCAAGAGCGUCCCGGCUCUGAAUUUGGAGAAAUGAUUAAAGAUUACAUCAAGAACGGUCUUAUAGUCCCCAUGGAAGUGACUGUUCAACUACUCGAAAACGCCAUGACGGAAGUCAUUUCCAAAUCCCCCACUGGAACUGGGAAGUUUUUGAUCGAUGGGUUCCCACGCAAGUUGGAUCAGGCGCACAAAUUCGAAGAUACAGUUUGUAAAGGAAGAUAUGUGUUGUUCUACGAUUGCCCCGAGGCGGAAAUGCAAAGGAGAUUGAUGGAGAGGGGCAAGACUAGUGGUAGAACAGAUGAUAAUGCUGAGAGUAUUCAGAAGCGAUUCAAAGUUUUCAUAGAGACAAGUAUGCCGGUUGUGGAUUAUUUUGAUAAGCAGGGCAGAGUCAUCAAACUCAAUGCUACAAAGACCCCAGAGGGAGUUUAUGAGGAGACCAGGAAGAAGUUAGAGGAGAAGUUAGGAAAGACAUUUUGA